AUGAACGCAUCCUCACAAAGGCAGAGAAUUCUAGUUGAAGAGCAGAUCACCAACACCAACAACGACACAGCGACGAGGUUUUUGAAGUUAAAUGGCUGGAGGUUUGAUGAUGCGCUGGACGAGUACUUUGCCAAUCCCCCUAUUCAAGUUAAUAAGUCAGCGCUGACGAAACUAUGGAACAAGUACAAAGACAGCGACGACGAGAACGUCAUGAGUGUCCCCGAUGGUCUUAUCGAAUAUGGCGCUGAUCUCGACGUAGAUCUCACUUCCAUGUCUGCACUCGCUCUAGCUCAACUCUGCGGCGCUACGCUUCAGGCUGAACAUUGGCCCAAGCAGUCGUGGAUUUCAGGUUGGAGUGGCGUAGGCGGUGAUACGCUUGAUAAACAGAAGGAUUAUGUCCACUCUGCACCCACCAGACUAUCCCAAGACAGGCAGUUUUUCAACAAAGUCUAUGCUCAUACGUUUGAAAUGGGGAAAGGGCAAGGUGCGAGGAUAUUAAGUUUGGAAGAUGCCAAGGCAUACUGGAGUAUUCUAUUGGCACCGCAUCUGCCAGAUGAACAAGCCACUUGUCAAGACACCCACGCGUCAUUGAACAAGGACUCUGGCGAAGGCUGUCAAUUCACAAAGCAAAUGUUAGACGGGUGGAUCGAAUAUCUGGAACAGGAGAAUGUGGCAGUUACUAAAGAUACUUGGCUUGAAUUCCUCAACUUUGUUAGAUCAAUCAACGCAGAUUUCUCCAACUUUGACGACACAGCAGCGUGGCCAAGCCUGAUAGAUGACUUUGUAGAGCAUCCAAACCCGCAAUCCAUCGAAACUUGCCAUCAAGACGCCAUCCACGACGCGCAAUUGGAUUACUACGGCAAAAGACUAGCCACGGCAUCCUCUGAUGGAACAAUAAAGAUAACCGACAUAUCGCAAGCCGCGGAAUCCACUUACGGCAACUCAAACGCUGCAAGCUUACGCGGUCAUCAAGGACCCGUCUGGCAAGUUGCCUGGGCACAUCCCAACUACGGUUCCAUACUCGCUAGCAGCAGCUACGACGGAAAGGUGUUUAUAUGGAAGCAAGAACAAGGCAAUAGCUGGACGCGUAUCAAGGACCACACACUACACACAUCCUCUGUAAACUCUAUUAGCUGGGCUCCACAUGAGCUUGGCCCUACACUGGCAUGCGCUAGCUCUGAUGGCAAUGUCAGCGUGCUCACAUUCCACAAGGACGGUACUUGGGAAGCAUCAAUCCUCGCUGCUCACAAGCUAGGCGUUAGUUCCGUGAGCUGGGCGCCGGCUACAUCCCCCAACGACGUGGCUGGAUUGACGAGCAGACUUGUGACUGGUGGCUGUGACAGUCUAGUGAAGAUAUGGUCAUUCAACAAUGAAAAUAAACAGUGGCAAUGCGAUGAAUCUAUUGGCGCCCACACCGACUGGGUCAGGGAUGUCGCUUGGUCACCUAACGUAGGCCUCUCCAAGCAAUACCUCGCCUCUGCGUCACAAGACAGAAGCGUCUUUAUACACACUCAAGACACUCCACGCUCUCCAUGGACCAGCACAAAACUCAACCACGACUUCAAAGAUACCGUCUGGAGGCUCAGUUGGUCUCUCUCGGGCAACGUACUCGCUGCGAGUGCUGGCGAUGGCCAGGUCACGCUGUGGAAGGAGAAUCUAGAGAAUGUGUUUGAGCUGCCAGCCGCUGAAAUUGCAUUUGAUUAUUACAGAUCAACUAUAGCCAUGCCAGAAGACGUCGUACACCUCGUCAAUGUCAAACAAACCUCCGAUCUAAAUUUGCAGUUGCACAACAAAGCCCAGAAACUGCAACUGGACUUGGAGGGCGUCAGCACACAUGUUAGCGAGCUAUCAGGAGACGUAGCAUCCGCCCUCAUCGACCACGCUAACUCCACCCACCCCGAUCUUGUUCUCGUCGGAAGACGCAACCUCGGCCAUUGGGAACGCCUCACUUCCGAGCAGGGCUUCUCCCUUAGCUCUCACCUCUCCACUCACAUCCUAUCUCCAGUCAUCGUAGUCAAGUUUGCUAGGAAUUAG